AACUUUUUAUAACUUUUAAACGUAUUCUAUUUCAUCUAACUAAUGUUAUGAAUUAAUAAAAAUAACCAUACGUACGAACAAGUAGCAAGUAGGUAAUAACACUAAUAACCAUGUAAUUCUAUAUUCUAGCAAACUUAUCAUAAUAGGUAAAAGAGUAAAUGAUAAGUAGGAUUUAACAAUCGUUUUUGUUCAUGUUAUCAAGUUUUCUUAUUAAUAUUAUUUUAUUAUGUGAUUGAGUUUCAGUAAUUUAUAUCCAGCUUAUGUCCAAUUUAUUGUACGAAGAUARGUAUUGUUCCGUUAUAAAACACAAGAUAAUAAAUUAAUCGUAAUAUAACAUACAUUAAAUUAACCUGAAAAUCCAUAAGCACAGACUUCUAUAAUAACCAAACAAGUAACUCCGUGCAUUAGUUGAAGCCUGGUUCCGCCAUCUUCUUUGUUGAGCAGCAUAAUGAGCAAUAUCAUAGACCAGAAUGAAAAAAUUACAGCGGAUAAAAUCACCUCGCCCGAGAAUAAUAACUGCAAUAUAAACACUAAAACUAUAAUUAGUAUAGACAAAUGUGGAGCUGACGAUGAUGGUCAAAAUAAAUCGAUUGAAAACAAUAGGAAAACAGAAAAUAUAACCAUAGAUGUCGAGGUUGAAAAAUAUUCAGUUUCGAAUCUUUUAUGGAGAGAUUUAUAUCCUCAAGUGUUGGCUAGUUGUAUAUCCUUUUUAAUGGUGAUUCAACCGGGAAUACAUUUAGCUUAUUCRAAUAAUAUGUUACAUCAUAUGCCGUCAAUAAAUAAAGAUCAAUUUUCGUGGAUAACAASUAUUUCGGUUUUGUGCACACCCGUUGGAGCGUUCCUUGUCGGUCUAUUGAUGGAUAAGAUUGGCCGGAAAAAAGCUUGUCUCUUAACUUGCUUACCAUUACUCGUUUCGUGGACAAUAGUGACCAUUUCAAGUUCUGACAACAUCUACACGUUUUAUGUAUUUAGGCUGUUGGCUGGGAUCGGUGCAGGAAUGACUAUGGUGGCCAUAGUGUACGUGUCGGAAAUCAGUCACUCGUCGUACAAGCAGAUAUUGUUGUCUCUGAACAGUGUUUUCUUUUCUGGUGGUAUACUGCUUUCAACCUGUUUGGCUGAUCUGGACUGGAAUGCCAUAAACUUCUCAUUUGUCGUCUUCACGGUUGUCAACAUGUUGCUCAUAAUGAUUUAUUUGCCGGAGAGUCCGAUCUGGAUACUGAAAUUUAAAAGUUCCGAGCACGUUGAUACAGCCAAAAUGGCGGUGAAACAGAUUUAUCCGAAUAAUAAUCAGCAGGUGUUCGAAGCCGAGUGGAGACGAUUGAAAUCCGCGUCAGAUGCUACUGCCGUCACGGACGUCCAGCAAUCGUCAUUCAUCGAGUCAGUCCGAUCCAGUCCCGCGGCGUACAAGCCGAUGGUCAUAUUGGCACUGCUGCUACUCCUCCAGCAACUGACCGGCGCCUACCCGACCAUAUCGUACGCGCUUCCCAUAAUCAAGUCGGUGACGCCCGCCGCCUACUGGCCGUCCACCGAUAUCCAAUCACUGGCUGUACUGGGUGCCGUCAGGUUCGCUUCCGGCCUGCUGGCGUGUGUGUUGUCGUUGCGCGUGGGCCGGAAACCUCUGCUGGUGUUCUCGUGCGUAGCCAUGGCGCUGUCGUCCACUCUGGUGGCGGCCACCCAUAGUCAACGGGACACGACCACCAUCCCGUGGUCCCUGUGCGGCGUCAUGCUGUACGUGAUCAGCAGUUCCGUCGGCGUCCUUGUGUUCCCGUGGACGAUGACAUGUGAACUGCUGUCCACGCCCGUCCGGGCAGUCGGCGGCAGUAUAUUGAUAUCGUACGCUUACCUGAUCAUGUUUACCGUGCUUAAGGCGUUCCCGUACGUGAUGGCCGUAGUAUCCUUGCCACACGUUUUCCUCAUGUUCGGUGCCGUGUCCUUGUUGAUGGCCGUCUACGUGUACCUUGUCGUUCCCGAGACGUUGGGCAAGAGCUUCCAAGAAAUAGAGGAUUACUUCACGCAAUCAAGUAAACCAACAUAAAGCUCGUUCGUCAAUAACACAUUUGCAUCAGCUCCACACUUCCUUGCAUAAUGCAUAUACAUGCAUGUGGAAUUAUGAGGGGUGAACCCAUGUAAUCAGGAAAAGUGGUUCUACAGGUCUUUAUACUUAUAUUUUAUACAUACAUAAUUUAUAUAAUAAUUCUUCCGUAAACAUCUGUUUUUGUAAUGACACCAAAGCUUUUCCGGUCUCAUUUACACUAAUAAAACAUUAAUCAUAUUAUGUAUACCUAUAAAUUGAAAUGUUUCCGUAUGUAAUCUAACAUUAAUCAAUACGAACAAUCUUAAUUCUGAGUGUUAGCUUAUUAUUGUAUACGACAGAUUUUUUUUUUAAAUAAUUUAAGCAUAAAGUGUGUAUGUAUAAAUAUAACAUGCGUCAUGUUUUGUAAAUCUUCGUUUCAAGUGUAGGUACUCUGAAUAUUUACAAAUAUAUUAAGCCGUUUACAUACAAAUUAUUAUGUUCUGGUACA